AUGGGCUUGCGAGCUAUAAGAAAACGAGUUGUAUUGCCUAUGUAUAAGGCUACAGACCAUACUCCGUCGGUUUAUUAUGAUCGUUUUUCAAAUAGAUUGAUACCUGUAGGAUACUUUCUUAACAACCUUGAUGAAAUCGGACCAGCUCACUGGAAUAACGCUCAAACCGCUGAUUAUUCUUUAAAAAUAAUUAAACCUCAAGAGGUUGAUUAUUUUUGUAAUUACUUUAAUCAAAUUUGUCAAAGUAACAAUAUAUUAAAUAGAAAUUUAAAUAGUUUAAAUUGUAUAGUUAGAAAUAAUCGGAUAACUAAUCAAAACAUUUCACAAAAUAUUUCACAAAAUAUUUCGCAACAAUAUGAAUGUCAAACUUCAGAAAAUUUUGAAUGGCAAGAACACUUACCAGAUUGUCAAUCAACCUUACCUGUCGUCUGUAGUGACAAAUUUUGUUCAGCUGCUGACGCCGCUGCUUUAACUCUUUAUUUUAAUGCAGCAUUACUUAAUUAUCAACAAAUGAUGAAUAAUUUUCAACAACGUUAUGAUGAACAAAUUAAUAAUAGUGGAAUUCCAUCUCCGCCUUCGUCUCCAAUAGUAGAUUCACAUCAUUCAAAUUCAAUUAAUAAUUCAUCUACAAAUAUGUCAUCCAUUCAAAAAUUAUCACCACCUCCUGAUUCACCUCCUGAUUAUUACUUUCAUAUACAUAUUUUGAUAUUGGCUACUCAAAGUGGAUUUUUUAAUCAAAUAUUUGGUCCGAUAAAUCUUCAUUCUUCUUCUUCACAAUUACCCGAUACAUUAUAUGUACCAAUACCUUAUCCUGAAUGUUUUGAAACCAUAUUACAUUGGUUAUAUCAUCAUGACGAUGAUGCUUGGUUAGAUGUUAUAACUGAAGAAAAUUUUGAAAAAUUUUAUUGGAAUAUAAAAUUUUUAAAAUUGGGUAAAGAAGCUUAUGACGUAUUGGAUGAGUGGCUCGAUGAGUGUCUAGAAGACGGUCUUAGCCUCGAUUGUUUUGAAAAUACAGAGAUUAUUCAAGAUUGGUGA